CCGGGAGCCCGGGGAAGGCGGGUGGCCGUGCGGCGGCGGGAGGGGAGGGCCGGGCCUGCGGCCGCCGAGGGACGGGGCCUGGCGUUGCGUGCGCGCCGGGGAGCUCGGCGGUUGCGCUGCAGGUCCGCCGGCGGGCGGAGGGUGUGACUCCGAAGGAAGAUGAAACCCAGCGCUGCGGAGGCCUUCGACAAAGGAGCGCGUCCCCGUGGAAUGCAAGCAAAACCAGAAAAAAUAAGAUCUGCUAUGAAGAAUGUGACAAAAGAUACAGGAGAACCAGAGAAACUUAAAUAUAAGCCACUCACUGGGAAGGUAUUUUACCUUGAUAUUCCAUCAAAUGUCAUCUCUGAAAAAAUAGGGAAGGACCUCAAAGAGCUAGGAGGGAAAGUGGAGAGUUUUCUUAGUAAAGAUAUCAGCUACCUGGUGUCUAGUAAAAAGGAGGCAAAAUUUACGCCGACUCUUGGUCAGAUUUCUCCUGUUCCUAGCCCGGAAUCUGCGCAUAAUGGAGGAAACAGUUCACCUCAUCCUAGCAACAGGAAAGAUGGACAUGAUGGGAGUUCAUUUAAGAUAGUAGAUACAGUACAUAUGAGCAGAGGAAAAUCCCUAGUUGAAAAAGCAAUCAAAGAGCAGGACUUAAUCCCCUCUGGUAGUGUACUAUCCAGUGCUUUGAGCUGGGGAGUAAAGAUACUUCAUAUUGAUGAUGUUAAGAACUACAUUGAACAAAAGAAAAAGGAGGUCUACCUCAUGAAAAGAGCAGGCGGUUCUUUUAAAGAUGUGGGAAGACAAGUUACUGCUCCAAAGUCAAAAAGUAAACUGAAAAAUCCAUGCGUAAAGGUGGAAGAUAGAAGUCGAGGUGUGAGAGCCAUGAGGAUAGUGGGAAGAAUUGGACAAACACAGUUCCGCUACCGACCGUUUUAUCUGCAGUUACCCAGUUUUCCAGUUCUGAAUUACUGUGUUCCAAAACCAUAUAGUCCAUUUGAGGUGGAUAAGAAGCAUCCUUCUGUUCAAAAGCAGCCUCUGUCUAAGCAAAGAAACAAAAUAAAUAGUGACAAGGAAUGUGGAACUCCUGUUCAGCUCCCUCAGAAAGACAAAAAGAAGAGAGGAUAUUGUGAAUGUUGCGGGAAGAAAUACGAAGAUCUGCAAACACAUCUUCAAAGUGAACAGCACCAAAAUUUUGCACGAAGCUCACAGUAUCAAGUUAUUGAUGAUAUAAUCUCAAAGUUGAUGUAUGAAUUUGUUGCAUACAGAGAUGAUGCAAAAGAAAUAAAAAGGACAAAAUGUAGUGCAGGAUAUUUUUCUCCUGUUCUUGGAAAGAUAACUAGACCAAUUGAGCUGAAGGAACGACUGAAAAGGCAACGCAUUUCCCUGAAGAGUUACUCGUGGAAAGAUCCGUCAAUGCAGGCACGCAAACUGGAUCGCCAGCCUGCAGAAAUACAGCCAAAUUCUGUGCCAAUACCUACCACUGUUUCUGGAUCUGUCUGUUCAGUUCUUUAUUGCCACCUAUCACAACCUUCAGAACUAAAAAGUAAGUUCAGAAGUAAUGAUGAAAAUACUGAAACUGAUUGCUACUGUCCUGCAAACUUAAGAGAGACUGUUGUAUCAUCAGUUUUCAUACAACCACCCCCUCAGAAAGAUGACAAAGCUUACAUGGAGGCAGAAGUAAACAAGAAGAAUAUACAGUGUUCUCAGGAAGGCAUGUGUACUUUAUAUUCUCAUACUCAAGUUACAGAUCUUGGUGAAAAAGACAAAAACCUGUCGCAGCCAAAACGAAAAUUAAAUAAUGCAGUAGUUCUACCCGCAAAGUGUUUGAAAAAAACAGAUGCCAAUCCUACGUUUGUCAAGAAACAUUGUGAUUUAUGUGAUAAUCAUCAACAGAUGCAGCACAGUGUAGUUCUGGAGGCUGAAAUAUCUGAUACUGCUAUAAACAAAGAACUUAAUGAAUCAGCUGCCAGCACUGCACAUAGUUCACCGUCUGGAAAGCUGCGCAGAAAAGUAAAGCUUUACUUGGGAAGACAUAAAAGAGAAACCCAGAAACAGAAUAUGGAGUUAUGUGUAAAGUAUACAGAUGGACUCUCUGUGCCUGAAGAGAGAAGUUCUUGUAGCUCACCAGUGCAGACCCUACUGGAAUUAUUUCAGACAAGUGAGAGAAACUCAGAAUUCAGAGGUUUUUCAAGUUACAGUGAGACCAAAGGUUCAACUAGCAUAAAAGAUACAUGGGAAGGGCAGAAUACAAAUUUAUGGUCAUUAUUUUCCUCUUCAUCCUCAUCCCAAUUUGUUGGAUUUUAAUGGUUCUUUAUUUAAUAUAAUGGUUUUCAAAUAAACUUUAAAAUUUAAGAUUUUA